GCUUUUUCAUUUGAAAACUCAAAUGAUGCUCAGUAAAGUAAUUUAAUUCAGUAUUGAGUCGGUUUGAAGUAGGACGAUAUUCAAUAUGUUACGGCGGUUAAAUUUCGCACUGCUCAUAAUUGCCAUCAUUGCAGUAACAAAUAUUCAAGCCGAAACAAACAUUACCACCUAUCGUCGGUUACCUCCUUUGCAUACAUUAGACAAAUAUGACGAAUGUUUCGACCGAUCAGUGGCACCUUCUUCGUAUUGUUUAUUAUUUGCCGAAAUCGAAGCGGAUGACUCGGAAUUGUGGUUUCAAAUUGAAGAAAUUUCCAAAGACACCUAUAACAGAUACCGACACGAUUAUAUAUUCAUGGGCAUCUGUGUUGAUCGGUGCAAGGAAUUGCUGAAGAACUCUUCACAUGUCCGUGAACAUGAGAUCGUCAACAACAGUCGUGGUUUGACGAGAUAUGAUGAGGUUAUACAAUACUAUCAGAGAAUUUAUGAAUCGAAAUCAAAGGAUCAAAAUGUCAUAAAUGAUGGUGACCUCUUGAAUAGAUGCGCCAAUGUUAUAUUUCAAAGAAAAUACAAUUUGACAUUGAGAACUUUUGUUGAAUAUUGUAAUUCGCCUGAGACGACAACAAAGACAGGAUAUUUGGAAGUGUUCGCUUAUUCAGUGUUGGCACUUUUUGUAAUACUCAAUGUUGUCUCAACGAUUUAUGAUUAUCAUAUAAAGCGCCAGAAAAGUUCGGAACAUUUAAAAAUAGGCGAGGAUUACUACAAGAAAAAAUUAGACACCAUAGGUACCACAUUGUUGACUUCGUUCUCUAUUCCGAGAAAUUACAAAAAACUUACUUCGUCCAGUGCUGGGAGUGAAGAAUUCCAAUUUACGUUUUUCUUUAGGGUCUUUGCAAUGUUUUGCGUGAUAGUUGCUCAUGUAGUGAUGCUUCUCAUGGGAUCGGCCAUAGAAAAUCCGUUAUUUAUUGAAAACAGUAUGAAACAUCCUGCAACGAUACUAUUUCAAAAUGGCGGUAUGCUUAUACAGAUAUUUUUCGUAUUAACGGGAUUUUUCUUGAAACUCAAAUUCGACCAAGAAAAACCCAUUUCACCGAACACAAAGUGCAGUAAAUGUAUAUUGGUUUACUUGCAUGCAUUUUUUCAUCGUUACUUAAGAUUUCUACCCUCACUGGCUUUCCUAAUACUUUUCAAUGCCGCCAUAUUGAAGCACUUGGGCGAUGGACCAAUGUGGAAUCAUAUCGUUGAAGCUGAAAGUGCUUUUUGUUCUAGAAAUUGGUGGAAAAAUAUCUUUAUGAUAAAUAAUUUUAUGAUGGAAGACAGUUGUGCUCAUCAAACAUGGUAUUUAGCUGCAGAUUGCCAAUUGUUCGAACUUUAUCUAAUUGUUUUAAUUUUAACAUCAAAAUUCAAGGGGACCAAGAUAUAUGUAUAUAUUCUACUUGGUUUAUGUGCACUAUUGGUGCCAGGACUCAUUACAUAUAUCUAUGACCUUCAAGCAUUUCCUCGUGCCCAUCCAGAAUAUUAUCGAUAUUUAUAUUUUCAAAAUUCCGAAUCAUAUUUGAAAACCUACUUCCCUUUUUAUUGUAAUUUAGGUGGUUAUUUGGUGGGCAUUAUUUGUGCUGAAAUAUAUUCAAAUUCUUCCCGUUUUCAAGAGUUAAAGAAAAAAUGUGAACAGUAUAUGAACGUUCUGAAAGUUCAAAUACCAUUUUUGCUGAUUCUGCACAUAGUAGGUUAUGGUAUUAUGUUCAGUGGACUUUUAUUCUAUUCCGAAAAGAUGGAGGAGUCUUCCUUGUGGAAAUCGCUGUAUUCAGCAUUAUUUCGAAAUAUGUGGACAGUAUUUGGUGGAGUUGCCAUUAUGAGUAUGGUACUAAAAUUUGGAUGGAUUGCUUAUGAUUUAGUCAACAUGCGAGCUUUUCGUUUUUUGGGAAGGUUAACCUUUCAAAUGUAUCUGUGGCAUGCCAAUGUUUUGAGAAUAUUACUUGGAUUUUAUCGUCAACCAAUCUAUUUAAGCGUUUUCUAUGUGUUGAGUCAAACCCUGUUGGGUUUUGUGUUAACUGCAAUUGUGGCUCUCAUUGUAGCAAUAUUUGUGGAAUAUCCUCUAGGAACUAUUACAAAUUUGAUAUUCAAAACAGGAACAAAAAAGAACAAAGGCAAAGAGGAGGUGGAGGAAAUGAGACAAGUUUCAUAAGACAUUUUUUUGUCGGUAUUAAUGUUAAAGUUAAUUAUCAAUUAACAGCCUAAUUGAUAUAAAUAUAGUAAAAUAAAAUUAAAUUAUUUUUAAAGUUUCAACUAA